AUGAAUAAAUAUAUAAAUAUUGAUAAUGAUAGUAUGAGUAAUAUAUUUGGUUCAGAUAGUGAUUCUAAAAUUUUUAGAAAUGAUUCUGAAGUUAAAACUGUUAAAAGUCACAAUAUUAUGUUCUUAGAAUACUUAAACAAUACUAUUAAGCAAUUGAAAAAAGAAAUUAAGAAGUAUAGCUAUAAAAAGAUUAAGGCAAGCAUUAUUGUAGCAAAAGCAGCUAAGAAAGAUUGCUUAGAAGUUAGAAAAGAAAUGUAUAUAAAUGGGCAUGAGCAUGCAGAUGUAGUAGUUUAUUAUAAAAAGUUUUUGGAAAGAAUAACAGAAUUUGAAGCACAUAUGAAGAUAUUAGUUAUGGUUGCUAAAAGAAAAGCAACUAUUUUGCAAAAAAGACCAAGAGCAAUCAGUUCAUAUAAGUAA